ACAAGUCAACGAGACUCCAGAUAGCGCGCUGUUAGUACACCCACGACUUUCGGAUGUAUUCCAAUGCAAAUAUCUUGGCGGAGCUGUCGUACAAUUGUGCAGAUGUGCGAUAGCAUGCAAGAGUGUUUAGUCGUCUCUCUUCCAACGUAUUAUCUUCAUUCAAUAAGUUGACAGAUGCAGAUGCAGUCAAACUAGUGUCGUUCUUUGAAUGACUUGUCCUGCAGUCGUUAGGUACGUCCAGCACUUUGUCAGUCUUGUAUCAGUUCUCAAAUCAGAUCCAUACUUGAGCUCAAGACCUGUCAUCCUCAAAGCGCGUCCCCCGGAACUCUGGAGUGGACAGAUAUUAGAGGGACAUAUAACUUGUUAUACACCGCUCUAUGUCAUUUCUUAUCUUUUGUAAAAAAAAAAACAAGCGACACAAUGGAUUUCUCGUUCUGCCGCCUAAUAUGUCUUGUGAUUGCCAUCAGUAUGUUCAAUCAAAGGGUAGAUUCCAACAAGAUUCUUGGGCUGAAGAUCCCCAAUAUCGACCCCAUUCUCAAUGCUAACACCGUGUGCUUGACCCUGCCUGGACUGAACCACAGACAACUGGAGGUGUGCAUGAGAAACCCCGACGUCACCGCCUCGGCCAUCCAAGGCAUCCAGAUCGCCAUCCAUGAGUGCCAGCACCAGUUCAGAGGACACAGGUGGAACUGUUCCAGCCUGGAGACCAGGAACAAGAUUCCAUACGAUAGUGUGGUUUUCAAACGAGGUUUCCGAGAGAGCGCCUUUGCAUACGCCAUCGCGGCAGCGGGCGUGGUCCACGCCGUGUCCAAUGCCUGCUCCAUGGGGAAGCUGAAGGCGUGCGGCUGCGACGAGAAGCGGAGAGGCGAUGAGGAGGCUUUCCGCAUCAAACUGAACCGGUUGCAGCUGGAGGCCAUCCACCGAGGGAAGGGCAUGGUGCACGGAGUCAUGGAGCACUUCCCUGCAGACCUGCCCGGGCCUCAGGACUCCUGGGAGUGGGGAGGCUGCAGCCCUGACGUGGACUUUGGGGAGAAGUUCUCCAGGGACUUCCUGGACUCGCGCGAGACAUACAAGGACAUCCAUGCCAGGAUGAGGCUCCACAACAACAGAGUUGGCAGGCAGGUGGUGAUGAACCACAUGAGACGAAAAUGCAAAUGCCAUGGGACAUCAGGAAGCUGCCAGCUGAAGACCUGCUGGCAAGUCACACCGGAGUUCAGGGUGGUAGGCUCGCUGCUCAAGGAGCGUUUCCACAUGGCCACCCUCAUCAAAGCGCACAACAGGAACACGGGCCAGCUGGAGCACGCACACCACCCCACACACAGACGGCUCAACGAGCUGGUCUACUUUGAGAAGUCCCCGGACUUCUGCGAGAGGGAUCUGCGGUCCGACUCGGCCGGAACGCAAGGGAGGAUCUGUAACAAGACGAGUCACGAAAUGGACAACUGUGAAAGCCUCUGCUGCGGGCGAGGCCGUAACAUUUUACAGCAGACCCGCAGUGAACGAUGCAACUGCAAGUUCCACUGGUGCUGUUACGUGGUCUGCGAAGAGUGUCGAAUAACAGAGUGGGUCAGUGUCUGCAAAUGAAGAAAUGCCGAAAUGUAAUAAUCUACCUUUUUUUAACAGAGAAAGACUGCAAUGCACCCCUUCCCUUUGCAAUGGACUGCCAUUUCCAUUAAUAGAAUGGAUCGCACGAAAACAAGACUGGAAUAUAGCCAGUUCAAAGAGGUGCACAACAAAUGUGUGCACAGCAUGUGUCCAACCGCCACAGUUCCGAGACUCUGGAUCUGCACUGCCUUUCAUCUCGGAAAGUGUUUUUAGGAUACAUUAGAUUAAAGAUAGUGAGAUACUAUGGAUGGUAUUGAUAACUGAGCACUCAUUUAUUUAAACAAGGUGUCCCGAAAAUGACAAAUGGCGGAUUUUGUUAUCUCUAGACUAAAACAACUGCAUGGGAUCCCUGUAAUUUAAGAAGAAGAAGAAGAAGACAAGCAGCAGUUGGGUAAAAGCUAGAGAUUGUUCCAGAAUGUUACAUCUACUCUUGCUAUACUCAGAGCGACAGGUUAACCAUGUCAACUCAUUUCGAAAGUUUUGUAAUGUUUCAGGUUACAAAAUGUGGCAAUUCUAGAUGUCACUCUGCAAAAUGGCUACCUUGUCCCUCACAACAGUACAUUUGUCCAUACUGGCAAAAAAAAUAAAUAA